AUGGCUCGCAUGGCGGUGUCGGUGCUGGCGAUCCUGCUCGCCUCGUGUGCCCUGGCGGCGGCGAGCUUCGACAAGGAGUUCGACGUCACCUGGGGUGACGGGCGCGGCAAGAUCCUCAACAACGGCCAGCUCCUCACGCUGGGGCUCGAUAAGAUCUCCGGCUCCGGGUUCCAGUCCAAGCACGAGUACCUCUACGGCAAAAUCGACAUGCAGCUCAAGCUCGUCCCCGGCAACUCCGCCGGCACCGUCACCGCCUACUACCUGUCGUCGCAGGGUCCGACGCACGACGAGAUCGACUUCGAGUUCCUUGGGGCAGGGCCAACGGGAGCAGCAGUUCCGCCUCUGGUUCGAUCCCACCAACGACUUCCACACCUACUCCAUCCUCUGGAACCCAAAGCACAUCAUGUAAGUUGCUUCAUGGUGGACGACAUGCCGAUCAGAGACUUCAAAAACCUUGAGGGAAAGGGGAUCGCCUUCCCCAAGAACCAGCCGAUGCGCCUCUACUCGAGCCUCUGGAACGCCGACGACUGGGCCACGCAGGGCGGCCGCGUCAAGACGGACUGGUCCCACGCGCCGUUCUCUGCUUCCUACCGCAGCUUCAAGGCCGAUGCGUGCGUGGUCACCGCGGGCGCGGCCGCGGCUGGCGACUGGUACAACCAGGAGCUGGAUCUGACACGACAGCAGCGCAUGCGUUGGGUGCAGAGCAAUUACAUGAUCUACAACUACUGCACUGACCCCAAGCGCGUCGCCAUGGGCGUCCCCGCCGAGUGCUCGAUGUAG